AAAGAACUCUCUUUCGGUAUGGCAUUUAACCGUUAUGGGGUCUGUUUUCACAGCUUGAGAGUAUGUUUACUCUAGUUUUAAAGUUCUAGUUGAAUGUCAAUACUAUUCUCUCCCUUUCGUCUUACCAUGUUUUUUUGUAUCUUCAUUGAUCCACAACGAAAAUAUUCGUUCCUUAAAAUUUAGCUUUGAAGUAUUCUCCUAUGGGAGAGCUGGAAUCAGUUUCUUCAACUCAUCCUGUAUUUAUUGUGAUUAUGAGAAAUUCACGAGGCAAGUUGUUUGUAUAUAUUGCUGUGUUGGGAGUUUUAUGUUUCAUAGUUUUUCUAUUAAGUACUACACAUUCUAGUUUGAAAGAAAUGGAAGGAAUCAAUGAGAAAUGUCAACAACAGCGAGACUCUCUUUCUGCACAACUUCAAGUUGUGUAUGAACAUAAAAACAGACUAGAGAAAUCUCUUCAACAAGAGAAGACUGAUCACAGGCAUACAAAAGAGACAAAUGAGAAGCAACUUAAUGAGUUAGAAAUAAAACUACAGGAAAUGAAGGAUAAAGGGCAGAAAUUAGAAACUGAAAUUACUCACUUAAAGACUACAUAUUCUGAAUUAGAAGAAGAUAAAACUCAAAUUGAAAAUGCUUUAAAAGAACAAAUGAAGACUCUACAAUCCCAGAAAAAUUUAGAAAUUGAGAAACUGCAAGCUCAUAUUAGUGAAUUGUUAGCUGAAAAGGAUAAACUAGAAAUUUCAAACAGCAAUUAUAUAAAGAAAAUUGAACAGCAUGCUAGUGAAGUCACUUUGUGUCAGCUUCAGCACCAACAGACUAAAGCUGAGUUGAAUAUGUGUGAAAAUAAUUUGCGUGCUAAUAAUAAAGUUACAGUUGCUAUCCACGAACCUUCUGAAGUUAACACUCCUGUAAAAUCUCCUAAAGAUGGAAGUCUUAAAACUGAAAACAGUGUACAGAAUCAAGAUAAGAAAAUGACCCAGGAGUCAGAAACAAAACCUGUCAACAUUACGAAAGAAAAGCCAGUAGUGUUGGAGAAGCCACAUGUUUUAUCUGGAAAUAAUCUUGGAGAUGGUGUUCUGCCAAAGCCAUUAGAGGAAAAAUUGGAAGAUUCACAUAAAAAUGUUUCACCUUCUGAAGUAGCAGAAGCUAGUGAAAAGAAGGUUGCAAAAUUGCAUGUUUUGGACCACGCUGAAGAAAAAUAUGCUGAUAGCAAAAUUGAUUUAGUUAAUGGUGAGCUGAAAAAUAAUCAGUUAGAAUAUGAUGCUCAUCAGAAAGCAUACCAUAGCCAACAUAAGGAACAAGAAAAUUAUCCUCAGAUGCUACCACCACAUAAUUUUGAUAACAUGGGUGAUAAGGAUGAUCAUGCUGCUGAAAGAGGAGAAUAUGGACCCCAGUAUGCAAAUCCUGAUAUUAAGCAACAAGUUGAAUUGCCAGAAUUUAGUCCUAGACAUAAUGGAAAAUGGAAGAAUGUUAUACCACCUCCCCGACAAGCUAACAGUGACAAUGCAGCAGCUCAAAUGCAAGAUAUGAUGAAUAAAUCUCCAGGUGAUGUAAAUAAUGCUGAUGUGCAAAGUGCUUUACGUGUACCACCGCAGGAUUUUGGCCCCAUUGAUAACAAAAUUCAAGAAUUCAAAAAUGCUGGUUCAUUUGUGCACAGAGGAGCUGAUGUUCAUAAUGUUAUAGAUGAUAAAAAUUAUGAAGAAGAUGAUGAUGACAGAGAAAAUGAAGAUGAACCUGUAAAUAAUGCAGCUCUUGGAAUGAAAGGUGCAAAUGUGUUACAAGACAAUGAUUUUGAUGAUCAGGAUAAUCAAGAUAAUGUGGAUAAUGCAAAAGAAGAAGAAGGUGUUGUGGUAGCACCUAAAUAAAAGUCAUAUUCUGUUACUGUUGUGUUGAGUUGAUUUCAUGGAACAUCUGGUUAAAGUGUCUGGAUUGGUUUCAUGCACAAAUGAUGAGUGCCUAGAAACUAUAUGUAAUAUAUAUAAAUGUAAAAUAAUUUCUAUAUGUGGGGCAGUUUUACUCUCCUUUAUACAUUGAUAUCAACAUAGAAAAACCUAUUGAUGGAAAUGAAAUUUUUUACUUUUUUUUAAAUCUGGGUGAGAAUAUUUUUAUCAGCAAUCGUGUAAGUAUUUUAUGUAAUAUAUUUUUUGUGUGACUGUUCUAACUUAUGAAUGGCUGUGUUGAUUUAUUAUAAGUAAAACGUUUCUUUAAAAGAUGUGGAAAAAAUAUACAUCUGUGCAUGUAUUUAAAAUAUUAGUGUACAUUUUCCGUACUACUUGUCAAUUUUCAGUGAUAGAAAACUGCAUUUAGUGGACAUUUAAUCUCUAAAGGAAAUUCAAAUUACUUGUUAAAAUAUUUUUUUUUUUUAAUAUUUUUGGGGAAGACUGUAAAAGUAUUAAAAUAUUAAAUUGGUGCAAAAUUCUUUGUUUUUCUUGUAAUUUGGAAAGAAAAAAGAAACAGAGUGAUUUUUCUGCUGAUGUUGUAGAAACUGAAACUCAUCAGUUGAAUCUUUCUGUAAAGUAUAAUUAUUGUGAAGAAAUAUAACAACAACAAGAACAGAAAUAAAUAAAUAAAUAAAAUUCCAAAUACAAGAUUUCAUUGUUUUAUUUCUUCACUUUAAUUUUUUCCUGUGCCAUUUUUAGCUGGUAAUUACUUCCUCAUAUUAUUUUAAAUAUAUAUAUAUAUUUAAAUAUCAAAUUAAUUUUUAUAAUUUGGGACAAGUAAGUCAGUUUGUUAUAACAGAUGUUUUUAUUUAUUAUUGUUAAUUUAAUUGUUGCUGAAUUGAAUGCUUGGAAUUUUUGUUAUAUUUAAAUAAAAAUUGUUCCCUGAAUAUUUCACCUUUACAUUUUGCCUUACAGAAGUUUAUACUGAAUUUUAUGUUAUAUUCCAAAAUAUUGUUAGUGAUGAUAGUGUAAAAAUUUUGAAUAAUAAUGAAAAGUGUGUAUUUUGAAGAACUGUGAACUAUUUCUUUGCAAUUUCACAUAUUUUAUUUGCUUUUAAUUAAAAUAUAUCUUUGAUUACUUAGAAAUUAUACCAUGUCAAAUCAUUUUUAAUGAUUGAUAGGCUCCAAGCCAAACUUUUUAAUUAAGUCUCUGAUGGAUUAUAAAUAUCUAAAAUAUGCCAAGAUUUUAAUGAAUUACUGUUAUGUGCAUAGUGUUAAUUUUUGUAUUUUGCCAUGAUCCUUUUACAGAAUUCUCAGUUCCUUUUGCCUUUUGAUUUAAAUGUUCUUCCUCUAGGUGCUAGAAUUUCAUACAUUUUUUCUUCAUUGCCAUUAAAGUUUAUUAUAUUUUCCUCCAAUAGCAUAACUGGGUCAAUAUUAUUAAGAAAGGUUUGGGUAUAUAAGUAUGCAUGCAGCAGUAAAUUGCUAGCAGCUGAAAACGUAAGUUCCUCAUAAUUGAGAGACAUGGUUUUUAAACUGAAGAAGAGUUAUAAAAAACAUUGUGUGAACAGCAAAAAUGAAUUAUGUGAUAAACUACCAACACUGUGUGUUGUAUUUAGAAAAUCACUUUGUAUAGAAUAUCUUCUGUUAUACUGUGAAAAAGAGAGAAAAUUGUUACUGCUUUGGAAAAUUCUGCAUUUCAGCACAAGUCUUUCAUGGUGUGGGAAAAUUUAUUGUGAUGAAGAAUUUCCAUUUUUUUUUUUUUUUUUAAUUUUAUCAAUCAUCAUAGUUUAAUUUUUUAUUUUGAAAAAUAUAUUUCUAUAUUUCAUUUUUUACAUUUCUUUUCCAAUAAAAUAGAAUGUACUUUAAAGAAGUAUUAAUCUUUAUAUCACACAAAAAUUGUGAUGAUUUUUAUGAUUAUUUUGACCUUUUAAUUCUUUGUACGGCUGUUAUAUUUUUAUCAUCAUUUUCAGAAUUCUUAAAAUUGCCUUUGGUAAUGUUUACUUAGCUCAGUUUAUUUUGUACUGUUCUAUGCAUUUAUUAUAUUGGAUCUGUUAUUGUUAUUAAAAUAUAUUUUACUUUGAUAUAUUUUUAAGCAUUCAUGUAAUUGUUUACUACACUGUAGUAAUUCAAAGAUGAAUCAGCAGGUGAAUAUUCAGCAAUUUUUCAUUACGGUAUUUCUAGUUUUGAAAAUUGGUUGGGAGAAUGAUCAGUGUAUAAAUUAAUAAAAUAUUAAUUUCACUUAUGA